AUGGUAUCAACCAGAUGUGAGCGUGGAUUUGCACGUAAAUGGGAGAGUGAUAUUGAUGAUAUCCAUCAUACAAUGUCUUUGCAUCUGGCAGCUGUAUUCACAUGGGACUCGCUACAGGAGACAGUGGCAGCUCGACAGCUCCAUCGCAGGGGGCCCGUGGGAAGCCUUCCAAGCACUUCCCGACAAGGACACGGGGAGGGUGCUGUGGGUCAAGGUGAACACACUGUUCCCUUGCUCUGUCCUGCCAGCAGUCGGCAGAGCAGCACUGGGGCAAAUGGGAGUCACGGAAGCCUCGGGGAAGCUGGCUCUGUGGCGCAGCUCCAGAGCUGGCCACAGGCUCAUGCUGGGACGGGAUGCAGUAUGGGGGAGGCUUUACUGAUUUUGAUAACACAUCUGAAUUAUAAUCACCUCCCCAAGUCUAUUUUCAAGGAAAAAGUAGUGCUGUUUCAAAACCCUAAAGAUACAGCUGUUUCAUUUUUCCAUUUCCGUAACAAUGGAAUGCAAAGUGUCCCCAAUUACUGCUCCAGGGAUGAGUUCUUCUUCAGCUGGGGAUUCUCUUUUGAUCCUGCAGUCACCUGGAACAAACACAUUGAAGAUAAGAAUAUUAUGGUCAUAGUAUAUGAAGACCUGAAAGGGAACCUGACUGCCAGUGUAAAGCAGAUAGCUGCAUUCUUUGGAUUCUCACCAACAGCUGAGCAGAUCCAGGCCAUUGCAGGAAGGCACACUUUCCACCAGGAAAAAGCUCAGGAGACUCAUGGUGCUGUUGGUUUGAUUCUUUUCCAUAAAGCUGUUUUUGGAGACUGGAAGAAUGUUUUUGCUGAAGCUCAGAACCAGAAAUUGGCUGCUAAAUUCACAGUGUGCUUAGAAGUAGCUAAGCUGGGAGUGAAGUUUAAAUAUGAUGUGUAUUGCAAUGCCUGA